GACCGAACAACAGCUCUCGCACCAAUCCUUGCGAAUCAUUUCGAUCGCGAUGGACAAGCUUUCUCAACGAACCAGCAGUGGGCAACAAACGAAAUCGACGAGAACUCGAAGAGAUACGCUGCCUGUGCCAGCUGGCGAGAAAACCGCUAUCGAGGAGCUCGGAAGUUACGAAUCAUUCGGCGACCUCACUAGAAAUCGACAGAAGAGAUACUCGUAUCACGCCGUGGGUGCCUUGGCUCUAUUGGCUCUUGCGUCAUCUCCUUAUUUAUGGGGGGGACCAUGGGGCUUCGGAGGGCCUUGGGCCUACCGUUACCCCGGAUAUCCCGGCUACUAUCCUGGCUACGUCCCCGUUGCUGGAGCCCCAGCUGCAGCUGCCGCCAAAAAAUAAUCCAAUGUUGGAAUGGAAGUUUCAAUCACAUCACUUUAGAUAUACUCGGAAGGAUUAUGUUCAAUAAAACCAAAGCCGACAGUU